UGCUGAUGGAAGUCCGGCUGCGUGGUCCGUGUGGGCUCGGCGAGGCUGUCUCCUCGCCGCGGUGCCCAUCCUUGCGGAGACUCGUCGUGAAGGAUGCAUAUGGUCUGGGCGACCUCACAAUCCACUCAGAAUGCCUUCUAAAACUGGAGCUAUUUCGUCUGCCUGACUUGCAGAGUCUCACCGUCGUGGCGCCAGCACUCCAGCUGUUAAAACUGGAUAAUUGCUUUGCUCUGAGUUCGAGGCAACCAGUUGCCAACAUCUCUGCCCCUCAUCUGAUGUGGCUCGCGUGGAUGGAUGAUUAUGAUCAAAACUCUGGCCAGCUUGGUGAGAUGGCAUACCUGCAAUCGCUUGUCACCCAACAUUUUAUCAUGUACGGAGAGGAUUACCAUUCUUCACACAAUCGCAAUGGUGUGUGUCUUUUGCGGCACUUUGAGCACCUCCACCGUCUUGUUCUCACACUUCAGUGUCCUAAGGACAUAGCAAACAAGAAAUACUUCAUGGAGCAAAUAACAAGGCUCCCUGACAUUAAAUUACUGGAACUGGGAAUAACAGCAUGUGGACAUUCCUUUGGAGCCAGCUUAUUCCAUGUUAUGAGGAUGUGUACUGCAAUAAGAGCGCUAGUUCUUGGACUUAAUGUUGCACUUGAAGAUGAGGUAUGCUAUUCUUAAUUUGUUUAUCUAAUAUUCAGAUACCAGGAAUGUCACAUAAAAGCAAUGUAUGUAUUUGCAUUUUUAGGCAUACUCAAGCUUGUAAUCCCCUCUAGUUGUUUGCUUGAUACUUAAACUUUGCUCCAAAUUGU